AUGCCCCGGCCGUCUCUUACAAGCUCGUUCUCCGUCUCGGACGCCACCAACGAGGUCGUCUGCCCGCUAGUCAACAACGAUGGCUCGAACUGCCGCAAGCGAUGUCUAGGAAAUGUACUGACGCUGCCGCAGGAGAAGAGGUACCGCUCAAUGCAGGAGCAUAUCCGGCGGGCGCACCCGAACCACUACAUACCAAAGCUGCCAGCUACCGAGGAGAGCUUCCAGCUCAUGGUCAACACCCCGCCACAGCAGCCAGCAGCAGCAGCCAGCAGCAGCAGCCCAGCAGCAGUUCCAGCCCUCCCAGCAGCAUCAGCAUCAGCACAUCAGCACAGCACAGCAGCACAGCUCAGCGAAGGAGAAGGAUUGUCGAGCAUCCAGCAGCUACCACAGCCGCCGUGGCGUUGGCGCAAGCUGCAGCAGCAUCACCGUCUCGACUGGGACUUGGAGACGCUUACCCGUAUUACCUACCCCAAAUCUUUCUCACUAUCUCUCUCUCGCUUUCGCUCCAGACAGGCCCAGGUGCAAGGCUCAAUGGAUGCUAACUGGCCGAUCCAAGACGACCACCGAUAUUCGAAGAUCCAGCGGUCCCGGAAGGGGUCGCUCACUCACUCUCACUCGGCCCGCAAGGCCAAGCACGACCGCAACCGGUCAAAGGACUUCAAGGACUUUAGGGACAUCACCCGUCGCAGGUCUCUUAGCGAACGCAAAGCUCUCUCCGCCGAGCCACAGACGGCCGCCGCCUGGGUCCAGGGCAAACGAUGGGAGGACCUGAUCGAAGCUGCUACCUCGGCUACUGAGGUAGACGAUCGAGACAUCACACCAGUGCCCCAGUCACCUCCCCCGUCCUCUUCUUCCUUUCAACCUCUCUCUCCUUCGCUCCGGUCGCUGGCCGGCAUCAAGCAUCGCUCUUCCGUGCCUCCUGCGUUUCAGUCACCCGCAAACGCCAAUCCGAACUCAACUUCUGUCACGUCCCAGCCCGCCGCCACCUCCCACCCGCUCCAGCCUCCACCAUACACCGCUUCCCCGUUGCAAAAGGCCCAGACUCCACCGCCCUUUCAUCGUGAGCGAGAUACCGACCUCGAACCUUUCCCUUCCAUCGAAUCAAGCAUGGACGUCACAAAACCCUACCUCUCCCCUCCCAGACCAGUCACCUCCUACCCACAGCAGCAGCACAACAUCUACCCACACCCACAUCCGCAUGCACACCACCCUCUUCACCCCCUCCAUCCACGUUCAUCGUCUCUCAAACCCCGGCUCCCUUCACCUCCACCUCAGUCUCGAGCUCGACCUCCAACGUCUCCGUGUCCAGGGACAAGGACCUCCACAUCCACAUCUACUGCGCUUCCUGCUCGCGCCCUCGAGCUAUCCGAGACUGCUUCGCCUGCACAGAGUGCAUCUGUGGCGUGUGCAGAGACUGUGUACCCGCUCUAUCGCUUUCCAUGCAUUCUUCCUCUCCCUCGACGUCCUCCACCGUCGGCGCAAUGGGCAUAUCCGUCCUCAACCUUGGGCCCACUAGCAGCCCGCGCGCUGGGAGCAGCCCUGCGGUAA